UUGGGAUGAGCAGCCAAAAACCUUCCCCUGUCCCGCCGCUAUGUCCUGCAAGGCUCUGGCCCUCUGCCUCCUGGGGCUCCUGGCUCUCUCCUCCGCUUGCUACAUCCAGAACUGCCCCAUCGGGGGCAAACGCGCUGUGCUGGACAUGGACAUCAGGAAGUGCCUGCCCUGCGGGCCGCGGAACAAGGGCCACUGCUUCGGGCCCAACAUCUGCUGCGGGGAGGAGCUGGGCUGCUACAUCGGCACCUCGGAGACGCUGCGCUGCCAGGAGGAAAACUUCCUGCCCACGCCCUGCGAGUCGGGACGCAAACCCUGCGGCUCCGGGGGGAGCUGCGCCGCUCCCGGCAUCUGCUGCAGCACCGAGGGCUGUGGCACUGACUCAUCCUGUGAGCAGGAGAUGCUGUUCGUGUAGCCCACCCGGCAGAGAAUCCGCGGGAUCUGCAUCCAUCACUGUCCCAGCCCCACCUCAGGGAGCUGAAGUGAUGAGCUUAAUUAGAAAUAAAACUUGGACAGAAAAACUACCCAGAAA